UUUCUUCCCCCGACGGAAGACGAAGAAGAAGAAGAAGAUAACGAAACACAAAGCAUGAACGGAGCUUCGCUCUGCAAUUCCGUUUUUCUCCAUUCUCGUUUCAAUUCACCUUGCUCCAUCCCUUCGUCUGUUUAUCUGAGUCCUCCAUGUUUCACAACCUCUGCGUACAUCUCAUUUCCUCGAGCAGGCGUUACCAAAAGGAGUGAUGGGUUUCGCUCAUUCGCUGUAAGCAAACGUAGAAGCAGUAUCCAAGAUGAUGUAGAAGAAGAAGAGGAGGAUGAUGAUGAUGAAGAUUGGGAUGAGUUUGAAGUAGAAGCUGAAGGAGAAGGAGAAGGAGAGGAAGACGAAGGAGAGUUCUUGCCGAUGGAGAAGAUGAAGCGAUGGCUAGAGAAGAAGCCUCGCGGGUUCGGUGUCGGCAAAAAGUACGAGACUUUAAUAGAAGACAAGCUCCUCGAGGAGAUUGAGCAGAGCUGGAAAGCUCAAGCUGCUAAUCUCAACAAGCUCAAGAACAACGAUCCUCUCAAGCCUCAACAUAAUCUCAUCAAAGGUGAAACUCAAAGUGGGUUCCGUGUUCGUGUGACUAAUCUUCCUAAGAAGAAGAAUGUUCAUAGGGAUCUCAAGGCUGCUUUUAAAGAAGUGAGUGGGGUUUUGAAUAUAGAGCCGGCUGUGUCUGGUAAUAAGAAGACUAAAGAUCCUGUCUGUAAAGGGUUUGCUCUUGUUGAUUUCAGAAGCGAGGUUGAUGCAAACAGGUUUGUGGAGCAGUUCAAUGGAGAGAGAUUGUCAUUUGGGAAGGUUGUUAAGCAGAUAAAGUGUCAGGUUGUGGAGGUUUCUUCGAACCAAUCAGUUUCUGAGGAAUUACGCUCGGAUACAGUCUUUGAGGAGCUUCCUUUCCCUGACUUUGAAGCAGUUUCUAGUGUUGGUGUUGUUGAAGAAGAUACUUUUGUGGAUUCAUGGGAAGAAGAAUCAUCAGAUGAUUCAGACAAAGAAGGAGAUGAAACAGAAGUGGAAGAAGAAGAGAAUCUUAUCUCUAGUAGCAUAGAACCUCCCAAAGAACGUGAGUCUAAAACCAAUGUAAAGUCUCAGAAACAAGUUAUGAAGCGAGAGACUAGAGAACACGAGGUGUUAGAGACACCUUUAGUUUCGUUCCAGGCGGUGAGUAAACCCAAGGAAGCACGUGUGGAUAAUGAUGAUGAACAUGGUAGGUCUGAUGAAGAAGAAGUUGCUGAAGAGAAUCUUGAACCUCUGAAAAGUUCAGUGUCGUCCUCAGAUGAGGAAAGGAUUGAUAGAAUCCGUAGGUUGGAGCUGAAGCUUCUAGGUAGAGAAAAGCUUUUGGGUGGUGGAGCUGACUCUGAUAAACCUGAAGCAAAAACUGGUGGUAGAGUGGAAGGAGAGACGAAGAAGAAGAAGAAGAAAAAAGUUCUUGUGAAAGGGAAGAAGUCCUCAACCAUAGAGAUUCCUGGAUCUUCAAAGAGGUUAAAGAUGAAGGAGAAGGCUCUGUUAACUGGGGUCUUAGUCAAGUAUGCGGCAAAAGUUGCUUCAACCUCAAAUGAUGAAUGAUCAUUAGGAGAGUGAAUCUUUUAAGUGUUUAGUCUGUCUCAUCAUUUCUUAUUUUGACGUUUCAAUUCAUGGAUAUUGCUUAGGAACAUGCUCAAGCAAACUUGGGUACAUAUCUCUAUGGUUUAGAAUCCUUUUGGACCCUUGUCUCUUAUGUGGUUUGUGCUUUAUUAUAGAUAUGUUGGAAGUUAAGUGAAGCAAGUGUGGGUUAAAAACAGAAACUGAGAGAUACAUGUGGGUUUGUUGUUCCUUAUCAGUUAUCACAUACAAAAUUUAAAC